ACAUAAUGUGCACAAAAAUAAAUUAAGUACUGUAGCUGAUCUGGUCAGAGGGAAACUUCUAUUCACAGGGUGUUGGUUUUCCAUCUCAAGUAAAAAAAAAAUCUGUAAAUAAUUUUAUUUAAAUUAGGUUAAAAAUAUCACCAUCACAAAAAAAUACUACACAGUCCGCCAAUCAACGAAAAGGCGACCAAAUGAUUAAAUGAACAAACCAAAGACAAACCAGUAUUCAGACAUUCACAGUAUUAAAUGCAUCUUUGAAGAUUUGCUUCAGGCUAACGGAGGAAUUCCUAACGGCGGCACACGCAUGUUUUGUCACGGAGGGGGCGUUCACCGUCGCGUUAAUGUGUUGCAUAAACGCUCGUAAACUUCCACUAAGCCAUGGCCACGGUGCUGUAAACUGCUCCUGGAGCAUCGACCCAAAGGAGAAGGAGAAACUGCAUUAUCGUUUGUCAACGGUCGUGUAUUUACUGCAUUCCACCACAGGCUGCACAGAAAGAUGGCGGCUUCUCUGUUGAGAAUAGGACGACUGAGCUGCAUCAAGUGUUUGCAGGCUGGAAACUGGACUGUCGUAAGCAAAGCACCACUUGCUGCACCCUUCAGCGCAAAAUCUGGGGGUUCCAAGAAGUGGUCACCAAAGAACACCUCAGGUAAAAAGCAGGUGAAAACAUACUUCGAUAUAGAGAAACUAGUGCAGCACAAGCCUUGUGAGGUUUUACCAGCAGCAGCUGCAGCAGCGAAACCGGCUGAGCACAGUUUACCUUCUGCUGCUUUGCCAGAGUCUGUGGCAACAAUAUCUGAGGUAAAAGUGGUGGAGGCCUCUCCAAGUUCCCAAGCUAUCCCCAACCCUGGUUCAACAGCUGACGUGACACCCGCUGGUGAAGUGCCUCCAGCUGGUGAAGCAGUCUUUGAAUCUGCUACAGCUGCAGGAGAUGUUCCAUCUGAAUCCACAGCCACGGUCACUGAAGCCACGCCAGUGGUUGAAUCUGUACGAGAAGCUGUUACUGCACCAGCUAAGGAUCUUGCUGAAUCCACUGAUCCUGUUGUUGAAGGUGAUACUCUCAUAGUCAAAUCUCCUGUUGAUGCUGCAGUUGAAGCCCCAGUGGAAAUUCCCCUUGAAGCUAAACCCUUUGAAUCUGAACAAUUUCUGGAAGCUGCCCCUAAAGUUGUCUAUGUUGAAGCUCCUCCUGUGGACAAGGCACUAGAGCCUCUGUUCGAAGCUUCCCCUGUAGAUGUGGCCCCAGAGCCUGCAGCUGAAGCUCCACUUGUAAAUGAGGCCCUGAAGCCUGUGGCUGAAGCUGUGCCAGUCAGUGGAGCCCAAGAGGCAGCUACUGAAGCUGCACCUGUAAAUGGGGCCUUUGAGCCUUUAGCUGAAGCUGCACCUGUAGAAGUGGCCACUCCAACAGAAGCAGAAGUUUCCCUCACUACUGAGGCUGAAGCUGAGAACCUGGUGAAGCAAUCUCCGGUUAUAGCUGAAGCUGCAGGAGAAGAACUGCAGGAUUCAGCCCCAGUGAAACCAACUGAAAUACCUGAGGGUACACGUCACACGGUGGAAGUCUUUGAAUCGGCUAUAGCAGCAGGAGCUGUGCCUAUCGUUCCAUUUGAAGCCACAGCUGCGGUCACUGAAGCCAUGCCAGUGGUUGAAUCUGUACCAGAAGCUGUUACUGCACCAGCUGAAGAUCUUGCUGAAUCCACUGCUCCUGUUGAUGCAGGUCAGACUCUUAUAGUCAAAUCUCCUGUUGAAGCUGCAGUUGAAGUCCCAGUGGAAAUUCCCCUUGAAGCUGAACUGUUGGAAUCUAAACAAUUUGUGGAAGCUGCCCAUGGAUUUGUCUAUGAUGAAACUCCUCCUGUGGACGAAGCCUUGGAGCCUGCUGCCAAAGCUGCACCUCCAGAUGUGCCCCCAGAGCCUGCAGCUGAAGCUUUGCCUGUGGAUGAAGCCACGGAGGCUGCGGCAGAAGCUGUGCCAGUCAGUGGAGCCCAAGAGUUAGCUACCGAAGCUGCACCUGUAAAUGGGGCCUUUGAGCCUUUAGCUGAAGCUGCACCUUUAGAAGUUGCCACUCCAAAAGAAACAGAAGUUUUCUCCACGACUGAGGCUGAAGUUGAAAGUUUGGUUCCUGUAGAGAUUGCCGAGAAUCUGGUUGUAGCUGAAGCUGCAGGAGAAGAGCAGCAGGAGGCAGCCCGAGCUGAACCAACUCAAAUACCUGAGGCUCAUAUGGACCCGAUACAGAAGCUCUUCCUGGACUCCAUCCGUGAGUACUCAUCAAGAUCACAAGCUACUGGUGGAUUAGUUGAGGCAGAUUCAGAGUACGAGAAGGCUUUGGUAGAAGAGACAGCGAAACUUCAGAGACUGUACGGUGGAGGAGACCUCACAGCUUUUCCUGAAUUCAAAUUCAAGGAGCCCAAUUUGGAUGAAGUCUCCCAAAAGUGAACACCAGUACUUGUAAAGUAUCCUUUCUACAGUUGUCAAUUUUCUGGUUUGUAGCAAAACCUUGAUAAAAAUGUUUACCUACAGUAGGCCUGUGUGAGAGAAUAUACUUCAUUAGUUUUUACUAGUUCCAUUAAGUUUACAUAAAUAAUUAGCUGCGUGGUAAAGGGAAUUUUGUCGCUGCCAUAUAAACUACUGUAUGUGUGAAAAUGAAAACAAUAAAUCCCUCGAUGGGUUUUAUGUAUGAUUCUUACUGUAAGGGAAAAUGAAACAUCAACAUUACAAAUAAAAUAUUAUUUUACCAGUUAAA